AUGGCUAAUGAAUCCGAUGCUCUUGAUGCUCUUGAAAGAGAAGCCAAAGAAUAUGACAAGGAUGCAGAGAUAGACCGUAUUCUUAAAGCCUUCAAGCUAGACGCCUACGCAGUGCUCGAUCUACAGCCCGGCGUACCUGACUCAGACAUCAAAAUUGUGUAUCGCAAAAAGUCGCUCUUGAUUCACCCUGACAAGACCAAGAAUCCGCAGGCACCAGAAGCCUUCGACCGGUUGAAAAAGGCGCAAACUGCCCUGCUUGAUGAAGCACAGCGCAAGCAUCUUGAUGAGUGCAUUGCAGACGCUCGACAGCUCCUGAUCAGACAGCACAAGUACACAGUGGACUCGGAAGAACUGAAGUCGGAAGACUUCCUGCAGGACUGGCGCAAGAAAACAGUCGAGGUGCUUGUCGAUGCCGAAGCCAGACGUAGACGACAGAUGAAGGCAAAGAUGCAAGAAGAAGGCAGAGAGCAAGCUAAAGAGGACGCAGCCCUCGAGGAGAGGAAACGCAAGCGCGAUCACGAGAGAGACUGGGAGAGCACACGCGAUACGCGAAUCAACAGCUGGCGGGAUUUCCAGAAAGGAGGCAAGAAAGGCGAGAAAGAAGGCAAAAAGAAAAAGAUGAAGGUUUUGGGAUAG